UGGUUCCACGCUCACAACAAAUGUCUACUACGGGUACAGCAGCAGGAAUGUGUGUAGUGGCAUGUUGCUGAUUCGAUAGUCAUUCAGAUUUCAGCAUGUGGCUUAAACCCGAAGAAGUGCUUCUGAAAAAUGCACUCAAGUUAUGGGCAACCGUGAAAUCCAAUGAUUAUUUCAUAUUGCAGAGGCGUCGGGGAUACGGGGAAGGAAGCGGUGGCUUGGCAGGGCUCCUGGUGGGCACCUUGGAUGCCGUGCUGGACUCCACUGCCAAGGUGGCACCGUUCCGCAUCCUGCACCAGACCCCGGACUCGCAGGUCUACUGGAACAUAGCAUGCGGGGCGAGCGAGGGGGAGAUUGCCCACCACUGGGAGUGGCUGCAGCAGAACAUCAUGAGGACCCUGUCUGUCUUCGACUCCAGCGAUGACAUCACCAGCUUCGUCCAGGGAAAGAUCAGAGGUCUGAUCGCGGAGGAGAGCAAGGCGAGCCUGGUGGCGGAGGACGACCCAGAGAAGUUCCGUGAGGCGCUGCUCCGCUUCGAGUCGUGGUUCUCGCUGCCCGCCAAGGAGAAGCUGGUGACCUACUACUCGUGCAGCUACUGGAGGGGCCGCGUGCCCUGCCAGGGAUGGCUCUACCUCAGCACCAACUUCCUCUGCUUCUACUCAUACCUGCUGGGAAACGAAGUGAAGCUGGUGAUCUCGUGGGUGGAGAUCAGCCGUCUGGAGAAGACGUCGAGCGUGCUGCUGACGGAGAGCAUCCGGGUGGUGUCGGGCGGAGAGGACCACUGCUUCUCCAUGUUCAUGCACCUGCAGCAGACCUUCCUGCUUAUGGAGCAGCUGGCCGACUACGCCGUGAGACGCCUCAUCGACAAGGAGACGUUUCCCGCCGACCACAUGCUAGCAGACCCUCUGCACAUCACCAAGAGGGGCCUGGAGACCCAUGCGAGGAACGAGGCUUUCCGUGCAUUCUUCCGUCUGCCGCGCGAGGAGAACCUGCUGGAGGUGUACGAGAGCUUCCUGUGGGUGCCCUUCAGCCACUUCAACACCCUGGGCAAGAUCUGCGUCUCCGAGAACUACCUCUGCUUCGCCAGCCAGGACGGCAGCCAGUGCCACCUCAUCAUUCCAGUCAGAGAGAUCCUGAGUGUGGAGAAGCCAGACCGCAGUAGCAGGGCCCUGACAGUGUGCCUGCGGGGGAAGAGGGCGCUGCGCUUCUCGGAGGUCAGAGACUACGAGCGGCUGGCCAACACCAUCCGCAAGAGGAGCGGCAACACCGCCAGCCCCAUGCACUCCGCAUCAUGCCAGGCGCUGCUGGAGUGUGGUGAGGAUGAGGAGGGUCUAAUGGUGGGUCAGAGGGACAGCAGUAAGACGGUCAGCACUGAAGCCCUCAUGAACGUCUUCCACCCCCAGGACGCAGAGAACCUCGACCCCAAAAUGCUGAAGGAGAAGAUGAAGGAGCAGUCGUGGCAGAUCCACUUUGCGGAGUACGGCCGCGGAACCAGCAUGUUCUGCACGCGCAAGACCCGCGACCUGAUCGUCAGGGGGGUGCCUGAAUCUCUCAGGGGGGAGCUGUGGUUGUUAUUUUCAGGUGCAGUGAAUGACAUGGCGACGCACCCGGGUCACUACUCGGAGCUGGUGGAAGCCUCCCUGGGCACCAGCUCUCUGGCCACAGAUGAGAUCGAGCGCGACCUGCACCGCUCCCUCCCCGACCACCCGGCCUUCCAGAGCGACACGGGCAUAUCCGCCCUGCGCAGGGUGCUCACCGCAUACGCCUACCGCAACCCCAAGAUAGGCUACUGCCAGGCCAUGAAUAUCCUAGCGUCCAUGUUACUGCUAUAUGCCAAGGAGGAGGAGGCCUUCUGGUUGUUGGUAGCGGUGUGUGAACGGAUGCUGCCUGAAUACUUCAACCGCAGGAUCAUCGGUGCCCUGGUGGACCAGGCGGUGUUUGAGGACAUGAUCCGGGAGCACCUGACCCAGCUGACGGAGCACAUGACGGACCUGACCUUCCUGUCGUCCGUCUCGCUCUCCUGGUUCCUCACGCUCUUCAUCAGCGUGCUGCCCAUCGAGAGCGCCGUCAACGUGGUCGACUGCUUCUUCUACGACGGCAUCAAGGCCAUCCUGCAGCUGGGGCUGGCCACGUUGGAUUACAACAUGGACGCACUGCUGUGCUGUAAUGACGACACGGAGGCCGUUACUAUACUCAACAGGUUUUUCGACAGCGUGGCCAAUAAGGACAGCCCUCUGCCCGCCACCGUGCAGCAGGCGCCCGUGGGGACCAGUGACAGGGCGGCGCAGCGCGUGGACAUCAGUGACCUCAUCAGAGAGGCAUACGAGAAAUACGGGGACAUGAAGUCAGAGGAGGUGGAGAGCAUGAGGAGACGAAACAAACUCUACGUCAUCCAGACCCUGGAGGACACUACCAAACAGAACGUGGUCAGAGUGGUGGCCCAGGAGGUGAAGUUCAGUGCCCCCCACAUGGAAGAACUCUACGUGCUGUUCAAGAGGCAGCACUUCCUCAGCUGCUACUGGUCUGCAGGUAGCGGUAGCUCCACGUCCACGGCUCUGCAGAACCACGACCCGAGCCUGCCCUACCUGGAGCAGUACCAGCUGGGGCUGGGCCAGUUCAGCGCCCUCUUCCUGCUGCUGCAGCCCUGGAGCCUGGCGGCCGGCCACGCCUCCACGCAGGCCCUGGCCCGCUGGACUUUCCGCCUCAUCGACGACAACCACGACGGGCUCGUCAACUUUAGAGAGUUCUGCCGUGCCCUGGACAUCCUGUACAGUGGCUCCUUCACAGAGAAGCUGAAGUUCCUCUUCAAACUGCACCUACCGCCAGUGUGCGCUCCGGACAGCCCAGAUGAUGGAGUGAUAAGGAGAAGUCCAGAGAAAGGCCGUGGGAAGGUGGACCUGCAGGCGUACCUGAAGCAGUGGCAGGACGAGAUCCAGAAGAAGGAGGAAAGCAUUAAAGACCUGCCCCGCAUCGAACAGGCCCAGUUCAUCCUGCUCUCCAAGACACUGUACAGCCUGUUCCACGGGGAUCCUGAGGAGGAGGCGCUGUUCCGUGCCGUGGCCCGCGUCACCAGCCUGCUGCUCCGCAUGGAGGAGGUGGGCCGACACCUGCGGGAGGACUCCCAGACCUCCAGCAACCCCCAGUCUCCCACCAAGACCCCACCUCCUCAAACCUCCACCACUAGCCCCACAAGCCCACCUCCUCCUCCUCAAGCCUCCACCAGCAGCAGCCCCACCAAGACCUCCCAGAGUCCACCUCAUCAAGCCUCUAGUCCCACCUCCACCUCCACAGGUGCUCCUCAAGCAUCCUCCAGCUCUGUGGAGGCCAUCACGGAGCAGCUCCAGGCAGCCACCGUAGUUGACCCAGGCGCCUCCCCCAACCAGGGUCAGGGUCAAGGAGGAGGUCUAGACCUUCUCUCCACCUCCACCUCAGAAGACAGCCCUUCUCCGUCCUCUCCGAAGCCCCCCACCUCCUCCUCCGACCCUCCGUCCCCCUCGGGCUCGGCCUCGUCGGACACCCUGGAGACGGAGACGGAGCUGGCCAACACUCCGUCGGAGCACACGGCGCCGCCCAGCCCGGUGGCCAUGGAGUGGUCCUUCUCCUUCGAGCAGGUGCUGGCCUCGCUGCUCAACGAGCCCGUCCUGGUCAAGUUCUUCGAGAAGCCCGUGGACACCCAGAGUCUCCUGGACCGGGCCAGGAGGGACCAGCUCAAAGUCAAAGCACAGAUGAUUAAGUAAAACGACUGACCACCACCCCAAGCCCCCGAUUCACCCCCUAUUUCCCCAAACAAAACACACACACACACACACACACACAUACAAUUGCAAAGAUCCAGACCCUUUGUCUGUCAAUCUCUCUUUCUCUUUCUCUUUCUCUUUCUCUCUAUCUCUCUCUCUCUCUCUCUCUCUCUCUCUCUCUCUCUCUC